AUGACUUCAGUGCUCGGGAUAGCCCUGCUGACUUUCGCCCUGUCAGGGUCUGCAGUGGCCUUUGUCUCCAUCGGGGGUGGGGCCUCCACUCAUGUCAGCAUUACAGCAACGGCUCUAUUGCAGAAAGUGACGGAGACAUGUCGUGUGGUGGCAGAGGCUGCCGGUCACGAGUUCAAACCCACGGGUUCGUCUCCUGAAGAGUUGGUCCAAGCCUGUUUAGGUCCGAGAGCAACAGGAGAAGUAUCUGGGGCCAAGUUUCACUCUGCUCUUCAAGAUAUCUACACCCAGAACGGACUGGUAGACCGUGACUUUGUCAGCAGUGCUCCCCACCACUUCAACUCGGAGAACUUUGUGCAGGGACGUACUCUUAUUAUGGAGGGUAUGGCAGCCAUUAAGGCCAACAUUGGCAAGGAGAACUUCAAGGCUGCCAGGGAAACACUGGGCAGAAUCCUUCAUACACUACAGGACUUCUACAGCCACAGUAACUGGGUCGAGUUGGGAAACACAAAGCCAUACAUCAACCUCAUACGGCCAGAUCUUUCCCUGGAUAACCUGGCAGAUAUCGACACUCCCACCUGCAGCGACUGUGCCAGUGGAACAUGUCCUAACACCAUCCUCCCCAACAUCCUGAGUGAGAAGAAACUCACAUCAGGCUACAUGGGAAUCUUCUCCCCUUACAAGCCCCAAGGUAAAUGUAGCCAUGGAGGGGAAGCUGACCUGACGAGCACAACACAUCCUCGCGGAGGCAUCAGCAAGGACGAGCGCCGCUCAGACAACGUUGCCCUUCACAACGCUGCUGUCACUAUUGCUACAGCCGCCAGCCUCGAGCUGUUGGAGGACAUCCGCUUAGCUGCCGGGAACGAUGACUAUUUGAGAAUGAUGGGGAUCGCCCGUUCAGCAGUCGUGUGCUUUGUGAUUGAUACCACCGGCAGUAUGUCUGAAGACAUUGAUGCAGCUAGGGAGGUUGUUUAUGAAAUCAUUGACAGCAAAAAAGGAACACAGGACGAGCCAUCAGAGUACAUUCUGGUUCCCUUCAACGACCCUGAUUUUGGACCCAUGAUCAGAACAACAGACCCUGAUAAGAUGAAAAGCGAAAUCUCUAAGCUUAGAGCGAAAGGAGGUGAUGAUAUCCCUGAGAUGUGCCUGUCAGGACUUCUGUUGGCUCUCACCGGUGCCCCUUCCUCCUCCUACAUCUAUGUUUUCACCGACGCCCCAGCCAAAGACAUUAACCUCAAGGCCACCGUCAUUGCUCUCAUCAGGAGCACCAAGUCCACGGUAUCAUUCUUCCUAACUGCACCCUUUAGGAGGCGCCGUCGUUUCACAAGAGCUGCCAACUUAGACGUCUACAAGGAGCUAGCUUUGGCCUCCGGAGGCCAGGCCAUCCAUGUUUCUAAGAAGGAUUUACCUCAGGCUACAGGCGUCAUCCUUGACACCUCCACUUCAGCUUUGGUAACAGUAAUUCAGCGUGCAAGGAACCCUGGUAAACAGGAGACCUUCCCCUUUAUGUUGGAUGAAUCGCUGAAAAAUAUCACUAUCUACAUCACAGGAACACAAAUUGCCUUCACACUGACCAACCCUGCAGGUGUGACCCAAAGCCAGGGUGACACCAUCGGAAAACUGGGAACCCUACAAACAGUUGGCAACCUGUGGAGGAUUCGUCUCAACGCCGACAGCCUGGAAGGAAACUGGCAGCUCAACGUCAACUCCAACCUGCAAUACACACUUAAAGUCACAGGCCAGAGUACUAUUACCUUCAUCUAUAACUUUGUGGAGAGUUUCGAGGGACCUCACCCAGGUUAUGCAGUACUCAGUGGGCGUCCACAAGCAGGCCAGCCGGCCACUCUGAUGCUCUCCGUACUUGGUAGGAAAGGUCCGUCAUCGAUGACCAUAGGAGAUGUUGCCCUGGUUACUGUUUCCGGCCCUGAGACUGCUAGCAAUAGCACAACAUUGGACAUGGGCAACGGAGACAUCCUGGUGACCGUUGAUGCCAUCCCUGAGGGGGAGUUUGUUGUCACUCUGGAAGGAACUGACAAAGUGUCCAACAGCAAAUUUCAGAGGCAGUCCACCACCCAGAUGUCCAUCUCUAAAGUCAAAAUCAUGGCUGUGGUAGACAGCAGUGUGAGGCCAGGGGAAUCAUUCGGGAUCCCCAUAAGCGUCCUGACCCAGGGCUCUGGUGGCAAAUACAGCGUCAAUGCCAGAAAUGACAGAGGCUUCACCAUGUCCCACCCAGACAGUAUCAUCUUGACAACUGGUGUAUAUACUAAUACUAGUCUGACUAUAAAACCACCUGCCGACACUCCAUCAGGCACUGACGUCACUCUGACGGUGGAAGCCUUGUCGGACAGCGGCGUGGACUCCAAUUACGUGGUUAUGAGAUUCUCUGUUCUAACCAAGAUCACAGAUUUCUUUCAGCCUGUGUGUAAAUUGAUGAGCGUGCUGGCUGAUGCUUGCCCUCAAGAUGUUUCUCAGUGUAAACCUUUCCAGUGGGAGCUUGCGGCCAACCUUACGGACGGAAACGGUACCGGGAUAGAGAGCGUGGCCCUGCGGCAGGGCAGUGGAAACAUCACCACCACCUCCCUGAGUGAUCCCUUCAUUCUGGCCAACUACACAGCCUCUUGCUGCUCUCAGAUUGUCGAGAUAGUGGCUGUAGAUAAAGUUGGAAAUGUGGGCAAGUGCUAUCAUUCCAUUGUGCGUUCUGCAGGCCCUCCGGCUUUAACCAUGUCUCUUACAAUGUGGUUGGGCUUGCUGAUAUCUGCCCUUGUUACAAGGUUUUAAAGGGCUUAAGUUAGGUUUAAUAUCGGAUGUACUCUGGGCAAACCAUGUACAAAUUAUUAAAAUAAACCUCCUUCCGGUGAUGGUCAUCUAGUGCUUUUAUAUUGUACUUUAUUAAAAAGUGGGCAUUGAUUAGGAAAAUGGAUGAUAAAGCUAUACAAAUGUGUCUGAAAAUUCAAUAUUUAGGCAUUUAAAACAGAAAUGAGUUGUAUUUCAUGGUUUAAUAUUAUCCUCGUGUUUGUAACAUGUCAGCUUUGGGAACAAAGAUUGUAUAUGGUGAUACAAAAUAUGAGCCAUCUGUAUGUCUAAUAUGUCUUAUAUGUCUUAAAUGAUAUGAUGAAUUGGAAAUGGGGGACCCUGAUGUAAACAAGAAGAAAGUCUUUCUCUGGUCUGCAUCCCCUUAACAAUUGUAUGUUUUGAGCUGUACUGUACUGUACCCAAUAUACAAGCUGUUAAUAAACUUUUCAAUCAAU